AUGUCACGAAGAAUCAAAGGCAAGCAACCCGGCCAGCCAACUACAGCCCGGAACAGAAUCACGUCGUCAGUCAUCCGUACCAGCUAUGGCCUAGUACUAUCCGCUCUUUCGAAGGAAGCUACUAUUCACUGCGUUUCCCCUGUCUAUGGCUCUGCCGUUGAGAUCAACACCCUACCAUGGCAACUUAUCAUACUGCCACUUAUCCUUAUAUGGCUUGUGAGGCCAUCGAGUCUGCAAGGACUCUAUUCCAACGCUUUUGCCAAUGUAAUCUCCGUCCUAGGGUGCGCAGUAUCAACAGUAGCAGCCUUUACUCUGCGACUUGGUCCCCUAGGACCAACCGAUGGCGCCAUCGUUACGACCUUCAUUCCACAGCUCAUGCUGGUGCUUUCGACCUUCAGGCUUGCUGCUCUUGGAUUGUUAGGCGAGGGGAAGGAUAUGCGACUCACUAGACGUGAGAGUUGGCCUCUAUUCUUAUAUGUUGUGCUAUCAUAUAUUCUCUAUUCUGUGACAUUGGAACCGCUUAUACGUGCAAUAUUGUACAAGUACUUCCUCACUGCACUGAACUAUGUGGGUCGCUAUGGUCUACAAGCAAUAUUAGCAUGUCUUUUCACGAAUCUAGCCUGCUCAAAGUUGGCUCUAUUAUUCAACAUUCCCCUAUUGCUGAUGGCCAUCUCGAACCCGCAUAUUCCCCUUCUCAGAUCAAAUACAGAUAUCCUCAACAACAACAUUGCAAAAACAGGUUACAGGAUAGUCGACCGCCAGGAAUCAGUGACAGGCUAUCUUGCUGUUAUAGACAAUCUUAAAGACCAGUUUAGGGUCCUCCGUUGCGAUCACAGCCUUCUCGGUGGUGAAUGGACUAAAUAUCCCCCCGGUAUAGACCCCAAGCUCAAGGAACCAAUCUAUUCCAUUUUCGUCACACUAGAAGCCGUUCGACUGGUCCAAACUGAGCGGACUUUGGAAGCCCCCAUCAAAGCGGCAAAAGACCAGCAAGCCCUGAUCAUAGGCCUCGGCAUCGGCACCUCCCCAGCAGCAUUCAUCCACCACGGUAUUCCCACCACAAUCCUCGAAAUAGACCCCGUCGUCCACCGCUUCGCCGCCCAGUAUUUCUCCCUGCCCUCAAACCACACAGCCGUAAUUGGCGACGCCAUCGACUUCGUAGCCUCCUCCCAAUCCACCCAACGCGACCGCUACAAUUUCAUCAUCCACGACGUCUUCACCGGCGGCACGGAGCCGCUCGAGCUCUUCACCCAGAUAUUCCUGAUCCAGCUGCGUAAUCUGCUUGCUGAAGACGGCACGAUCGCUAUCAAUUACGCAGGCGACCUCCUCCUCCCCACCGCCCUUUCCGUCGUCAAAACCGCGUUGUCCGUCUUCCCCAUAUGCCGCAUCUUUCGGGAGACUGCAGCCGCAGAAAACCAGGGUGAGCAAACGACUGAUCUGACGAACAUGGUGCUCUUCUGCCGCCGUGACCCCUCGCCCUUCACGUUUCGCGAGCCUACGGAGGAGGAUUUUUUGGGCAGUCAUGCGAGGAGGGAGCAUUUGAUGCCGAGGCACGAAAUCGAUAUAGCUAGAUUUCUAGAAAAAGGGGAAGACGGAGGGGAAGGGAAAGGGGCAGGGCAAGGUGUGGUGAUUAAGGGGAAAGAGGAACUCGGGAAGUUGAAGAAGUCGCAGAAGCGGAAUGCGAGGAAUCAUUGGGAGUUGAUGAGGGGCGUGCUGCCGAGGGAGGUGUGGGUAAAUUGGUAA